AUGGCCGACCUGCGCGUCGCGUACCAAGGCGAGCCCGGCGCGUACUCCGAGCAAGCCGCGCUGCAGUACCUGACCACGGCGGGGCGCGCGGCCUCCGCGGUCCACUUCCUGCCGAGCCCGACCUUCGCCUCGGCCUUCGAGGCCGUCGACUCGGGGCUGGCGGACCGCGCCGUCGUCCCGAUCGAGAACAGCCUCGCCGGCACCAUCCACGGCAACCUGGACCUGCUGCUGCGCUACAGCCGCCUCACUAUCAUUGGCGAGCUGGACUUCCGCGUGCGCCACUGCCUGCUCGCCCUCCCCGGCACCCUCCUGCGCCACGUCAAGGUCGUCCGCUCGCACCCCAUGGCCCUGGCCCAGUGCCAGGGCUACCUGGACAAGGUCGCCCUGGUCUCCGAGGUCGCGCACGAUACCGCCGGCGCCGCCCGCAUCAUUCGGAAGGGCCAGAUCGCACACUCGGCGGCCAUUGCCAGUAAGAGGGCCGCCGAGAUUUAUAACUUGAACAUCCUGGCCGAAGGCAUUGAGGACGACAAGAAAAACUUCACCCGCUUCCUCGUCUUGUCCAAGGAGAAGACCCCGUAUGUGCCCCACCUGCCGUCCAAGACCAGUCUCGUCUUCUCGCUCAUCAACCAGCCGGGCAUCUUGUGCCGCGCGCUGCAGGCCUUUUCCGUCACCGCCAUUGACUUGUCCAAGAUUGAGAGCAGGCAUAUUCAUACCAUCGCCGCCGCCCUGUGCGAAGGGGAGGAGGAGAUGGAUAGGGAGAACAUAGAGAAGAGAUGGGGGUACGUCUUCUACGUCGAUAUGGAGCGCCACACCGAGGAGCCCGCCGUGCAGAAGGCCCUCGCCCUGCUGCAAGAGGUCACCACCUUCUUCAGGGUCUUGGGUUCAUAUCCAAAACAUGUUCCAGAGGUCCAUGAUGUCCACGCAGUUAAGGCAUCAUGA